UGACUUCUUCUAAGUUAAAACUGCAGCCGAACUUACUAUUUUCACGUCCUCCCCUUGAAGAAAAUAAUAAAACCUUUUCGGUUGCUUGUGAGACAGACUUUUCCCAUUUAUUUAUUCUGAAACAUUUUAAUCGCACCCAUCUGCACGAACCUGAAAGUCCAGUCUGUCGGGAUUAUAAACCUAGAAUCCUGGAGGAAAAAUGGACGUUGACAGUAAACAACAUGGAGUUGUUGUGCCCAAAGAAGCAUCAGUGGCUCACGGGCGAGUGUUGAGUGGAGCGGAUGACUUGUGGCAGAGCUACUCUGAGAACCCGCUCAUGGUUGCAACCAAGGCCAUGAUGAGCAUCAAUGACGAUGAGGAGAGCAGUGCAGCUUUGGCGCUCGUCUAUGACUACUACAAGCUUCCCAGAGAGAAGCGACACAUUUCCAGCAGUGUUGUGGAUUCAAGCAGACCCAUGGCUCAAAACUGCAUCAAGACAUUCCAGUUACUUGAUCUCCAGAAGUCAAGGUCAAUGCCUGUCAAUCUGUCUCUCCACAACCCUACCACUGUCGAGCACCAGGACUCAAAGCACAGAGCAGGAAACCAUCCUGCAGCUGUCUGUGAGAGUGAAAGCAGAACAGCGGCUCACACUUCACUGGCACUGGUCAAGACAGAAGACCUGACUGUGCUGUCACUGGCAGGCAUUUCUCCUUCGCUGGACAGUGGAAAGAAGGCCAAGAUGGUUACUGAGCAAAACCGUGUGGAUGUACCCCUCAUUACAUAUUUGAAAGAUGAACAGAAAAGUUCCAAAGUAUCUAAAGGUGCUGCUGGCAAAAAGGUGAAUGACAGAAAAGGAACGGAACAAUUGCACUGUAGGGUUCCAGUUGACUGUUACCAGUAUUCAAUUGAGGCCAGCUUGUCCCAGCGGUCACAACAGGCUGAUGGAGUGAUGGCGUAUCUGAACCGGGGUCAGUUUUACCCUCUGACUUUGACCAGAACCGAUCUCUCUCCGUCACCACACCAGCUCAGAGGGAGGACCUGGAAAAGUGGACACCACGGAAGCACAACUGGAACAGCAAGAGCAUCUGAGCUGGAGCAUGGUGGUAUUGUACAAAGUGUCAUCAUGGUUGUGUUUGGGGAAGAUAAGAGCAAGGAGGAGCAGCUGAAAAACUGGAAAUACUGGCAUUCCCGCCAGCACACGGCCAAGCAGAGGGUCUUGGACAUUGCAGAUUACAAGGAGACCUCCAGCACGAUUGGGAAUGUGGAGGAAAUUGCCUACAACGCUGUUUCUUUUACAUGGGACGUCAGUGAAGGAGCCAAGGUGUUUAUAUCUGUCAACUGUCUGAGCACAGACUUCUCCUGUCAAAAGGGUGUCAAGGGAAUGCCCCUGGUCAUCCAGGUGGACACGUAUGGUUACAACACUGGUGGCAGACCGGUCCAUAGAGCUCUCGCUCAAAUCAAAGUCUUCUGUGAUAAGGGAGCUGAGAGGAAACUUCGUGAUGAGGAAAAGAAGCAGCUCAGGAAACGGAAAGGUAAAAGCUCUGGCCCUCUUUUGCUGCCAAAGGCAGAAGAAAGUAGACUGUUCAAGGCCCAGACUGACCUGGACACGCAGCCAGUUCUCUUCAUUCCUGAUGUGCACUUCGGACACCUGCAGCGAACUGGCCAGGUGUUUGCUGUCAAUAGAGAGGAAGAUGACAAAAAAAGCAGUGUACUCGUGAAGAGGAUGGCACAUGCUCCUGAAGAGGAGGCUGGUCCUCCACAGCCCAAAAAGGCCAGGGUAGACCUGGAUAGAAAAGUUCUGCUCUAUGUCAGGAAAGAGUGCGACGAAGUGUUUGACGCCCUGAUGCUUCACUCUCCAACCCUCAAAGCUUUAACAGAUGCGAUUUUGGAGAAGUAUGCGCUUCCUGUUGACUUAAUGACUAAAGUAUACCAAAGGAGCAAGAAAGGACUGCUGGUGAACAUGGACGACAACAUUGUGCAGCACUUUGCCAAUGAGGACACCUUCACUCUGAGCAUCAGCAGCUCUGCUGACUCCCUCCGUGUCACGCUGUCAGAGAUUUCCAUGUAGCAAGAGGGCGCUGAUGAACUAUCUCGGGGUUGUUGGGACACACUGCUUUUCCUGGAUGUCUGGACCCUUUGGCUUGGAUUCACAUUCACGCAAUACCUGUUGUGUUUUUCACAUCACAGGGCCGUUUGCUCUGUAUUUUAUGAUUGAACCACCUCCUUGUUCCUUUUGUAGUUUCUGCCUUUAGAUGGAAAAUACAAUACAGUCAAAUGUCAAUUUGUGCACUUUUUAAAAACAAGUUUCAGUCAACGAUUGCAUUUCAGCUAUAGCUAUUUUUUUACUCGUGAUGUACUGUGGAUUAACAUUUUAGACAAGACAUUUUAACAGAGCUGACUGCUGACAUCAGUUUCUGUGAUGACGGCGUCAGUGGAAACUCUUGAACCGGUGUGUGGGAGUGGGUGUCACAUCUUCAGGUCAGGGACUUUACACUCAUACUGUAGGUGGGGCUGCUGUUCUGUCCCUUUGUUUACACUCUACAAUGUCA